AUGCCAAACCCACUCCAAGCCCCCGACCACCCCAUCGCGCUCCGGCGCUCACACCUCCUCGCCCCAGCCCCAGACAGACUAACCAACACGCCAACAACACUGCGCAUCCUCCGCGAGCACCCGAGCACAGGCCGCGAAUUCAGCGUAGUGCAACUCCGCACACACGAAGACCCCUCCAGCCCGCGACGCCACGUCCUCCUCUUCAACGUCGUCGCCCGCUUCUGGAGCAACACGCAGCUGCGCGAGAUCCGCAAUCCAAACGGACGCGCCCUGCUCGAGCUACGCCGGAUCUGGUGGAAGGGUCGGUGGGUGAUUCGGCGGGCGGGCGGGGCAGGCGAGGACCUGCUUCAUUCCGAGGUGCGGUGGGGCAUUGGGAUGCGGAUGGGGGUGAAGUUUGAGAACGCGCUGCUGCGCGGGGUGUGGGACCGCGAGGAGAUCGCGGAGAUGAAUCGCAACCUCAACCAAGCCCGGCACGGCCGGCCAGCCCACCAUCGCAGCAUGUCGCUGGGUAGUCCGUACAGUCGGCGCGGCGAGCAUCGGACGGCGAGGGCUAGUAGUGCGCGGCGGCCGGGGCAGGACCCGAUUGCGGGGAGUGGGAGGAGUGUGGGCGCGAAUGCGAAUGCGCACGCUAAUCUGCCGCACUACGAGCACCCGGAUCACCACUCGCCGCCGCCGUAUGCGAGCGUUGUGGCGGAGGAUGCCGCGCAGCAGAGUAGUAGUGGGGCGAGCGGGAAUGGGAGUGGGGCCGGGGGAGGUAGUGGAGGGAGUGCGAGCGAGAGCGAGGACGAAUCGUCGGACGAUGAUGAUAAGGCUGGGUUGCCGGAUUGUCCGCUUCCUUCUUAUGAUUCUGUGCGGCGGAUGCGGGCGCUGUCGCUGUCGAAUCAUUCGCUGCAGGAUCUGUUGGAUGCGAUUGAGCCGCCUGGGGAACCGGCGCCGGCGUCGACUUCUUCGUUGUCGUCGCCGAGACCGCGCUCGGAGGGCGCGAUCGUUAGUACGAAGGUGGAGCUGAAGCUUGUUCAGCAGAGCAGUAGCUAUGCGGCUGUUAUGAUGGGGGAGAAGCGGAUUGUUAAUGUGCGGCGGGAGAAGGUCAUGGAUGCUAAUAUGUCUGGGUCGAUGCCGAGGUGGGAGGUGGAGGUGGCGGAGGGUGUGGAUUUACUACUGGCAACAAGUCUUGUUCUUAUUCUGGCGGAGUCUGCAAAGAGUGAACCUCGGAUGAGGUCAAAGUGA